AUGUAUUUACAUCACAUAUAUCAUAGGGCCUACUACAACACCUUCCAACAAGACAUAUCGACAGUAGAUUCGUACAAUCUGUACCUAUUUGUGAUAUACCUUAAAAUGGGAAUGGUAUUUUCCAAAAUCUCCACAAAUGAUGAAGAGGGUCGAUUAUUGCUUUCGAAAACCGGCUUACUAAAUAUUAAAAAGAAGGACACUGUGCGAUUUAAACAAAAAUUUAAAAUAUUAAAAAAUAGAAUAAAUGGUUUUUUAAAAAAGGGAUUUAAAACCACCUCUUGGGUGGUGUGGGUUGCGGGCGUAUCUGUGGUGGUCCUCAUUACGCCUAUUGCGUUUCAGUACGAGAAGGAAUGCCAGUUGUUCGAAAUGCAGGCCCAGUUUUUGCAGGCGCAGCAGGCGGCUAAUGUCCCCCAGUUGAACUGA